AUCCGGGUUCCUGUCAGCCGCUGCGCCGCCGCCGCCCGUUCCGUGUCUCAGGGAGGCGGUGGGGCAGGGAGGAGGCAGCGAAGAUGGCGGCGGCGGUGGGGAGAGCCGGUUCCUUCGGCUCCUCUUCGUCCGGGCUCGGUUCGGCUGCCGGUUUCUCUUCUCCUUCGUCCGCCGCCGCGACGAACAACAACGCGGAGCUGCGGGCAGGCGGCGAUGAGGACGAUGGGCAGAACCUCUGGUCCUGCAUCCUCAGUGAGGUGUCCACGCGCUCCCGCUCUAAGCUACCUUCGGGGAAGAACGUCCUCCUGCUGGGUGAAGACGGAGCAGGUAAAACUAGCUUAAUAGGAAAAAUUCAAGGCAUAGAGGAAUACAAAAAAGGAAGAGGAAUGGAGUAUUUGUAUUUAAAUGUGCAUGAUGAAGAUCGAGAUGACCAAACAAGAUGUAAUGUAUGGAUUUUGGAUGGUGACCUGUAUCACAAAGGUCUUCUUAAAUUCGCAAUGGAGGCAAGCUCUCUAAAGGACACUCUAAUUAUGUUGGUGGUAGACAUGUCUAGGCCUUGGACUGCACUGGAUUCUUUACAAAAAUGGGCGAGUGUUGUAAGAGAACACAUUGACAAGUUAAAAAUUCCUCCUGAAGAAAUGAAAGAAAUGGAACAAAAGUUGGUAAGAGACUUCCAGGAAUAUAUAGAACCAGGCGAGGAUUUUCCAGCUUCUCCACAGAGAAGAAAUACAUCAUUACAGGAAGACAAAGAUGACAGUGUGAUUUUACCCCUGGGUGCAGAUACACUAACAUGUAACUUAGGCAUUCCAGUAGUAGUAGUUUGUACAAAGUGUGAUGCCAUCAGCGUUCUGGAAAAAGAACAUGACUACAGAGAUGAACACUUUGACUUCAUUCAGUCACAUAUCAGACGGUUUUGCUUACAAUAUGGGGCAGCACUUAUUUACACUUCAGUAAAGGAGAACAAAAACAUUGAUUUAGUGUAUAAAUAUAUAGUCCAGAAGUUAUAUGGAUUUCCUUUCAAUGUUCCAGCUGUUGUUGUGGAAAAAGAUGCCGUAUUUAUUCCUGCAGGUUGGGAUAAUGACAAGAAGAUAGGAAUAUUGCACGAGAACUUUCAGACACUAAAAGCAGAAGACAGUUUUGAAGAUAUCAUAACAAAACCACCAGUCAGAAAGUUUGUUCAUGAAAAAGAAAUUGUAGCAGAAGAUGACCAAGUAUUUCUUAUGAAGCAGCAGUCGCAGUUGGCGAAACAACCACCUACUGCUGCAGGAAGGCCAGUGGAUGCCUCUCCAAGAGUUCCUGGAGGAUCUCCUAGGACACCAAAUAGAUCCGUAACGUCAAAUGUUGCCAGUGUUACACCUAUCCCUACUGGGUCAAAAAAAAUUGAUCCCAAUAUGAAAGCUGGAGCUACUAGUGAAGGAGUCCUGGCUAACUUCUUCAAUAGUCUCCUGAGCAAGAAAACUGGUUCCCCUGGUGGCCCUGGUGGUGUUGGUGGCAGUCCAGGAGGAGGUGGCACCGGAGGUGCUGGCAGCAACUUACCAUCAUCAGCAAAAAAGUCAGGUCAGAAGCCAGUUUUAACAGAUGUUCAGGCAGAAUUGGACAGAAUUUCACGAAAACCUGAAAUGGUCUCUCCUACAACACCUACAUCUCCCACAGAAGGUGAAGCAUCUUGAAGACACCAAAUAAAACCAUUUGUUCAGUUUUCUGGGAUAAUUAAAACUUGCCUCUGCCUCUUCCUUCAGUGACUGGAACUAAAGAACUGAAUUAUCUUUCAGAACACGGUUGAUGUCUGUCUUUCUUUCAUAUGUGUUGCCCAACUUCACAAAAGGGAGCUGUACAGAUGGAAAAUGGUUAUCACAUCACGUAGGAGUACCGUUCACAGUGCAAGAAUAGUAAAUUAAUUUUUUCUGGGUUUUGUUGAAAAGUCGGUAUAAUUCUGUAAAAUUGCAAGUAUGUCCACUUAAGUGAUAGGGGUUGCUUAGAGCAGGAAAACUGAAACACACCACAGGCACUUAAUUUAUAUUGAUUUCCCAACCUGUUAGGCAAGUUUAAUACCAUCUUAAGUAGAUUAACCUCUACAGGAGAGAAAAACUCCUAGUUUUUGGAAAAGAAAAUUAAUUGCACAAAACUAUAACAACAACAAACUCUGAUUACACUUGAAUGAUUCAUUUGGAGUACGGUUAAAAAAAAAAUCUGUUUGAUCUCCUCUGAGAUUUACACUGCAUUCAAAAACCCAUGCAAAAAUUCAUUCUAGAUAUAAGACUAAAUUACUGGCCAGGUUUUUUUGUUUUUUCUUUGAUUAAUUUCAGACACUGAAUAAAAGAUGUAUAAAGAAAAAGCAGAGGUUAAAUGUACAGACUAUCAGUAUCUGGAUUUGUCUAUAUAUAUAUGGCUCAGCCUUAAUGUCCCCCACUAUGUUUCCCACAUUAGUUACGGUUUAAAAUUGGUCAUCAAAACUGUAAUCAGUUAAUAAAGUAUUCUCUGCAUUCAAAUUUAAAUAACUUUAAUUGAAGCCAUGGUGUUGUUCUUUGUUUACAGUUAAAUCUAGGGAUGUGGUGUAAAAUGUCUUAAAACAUGCUUUUAUAUUUUACCUCUCAGUGAAUAAUAUUGCUGGUAGAUAUUUAAACUUCCUUAAAACAUUGUUUCUGGAAGGAAGUGGAGAAGUCUGCAGUGUUUGUUCCUAGGAGUAAAACUAGCUUAUCUGAUGGGUGGUUUCUGCUGUAAUGUUUUAAAAGUGACACUAAAAGUUUUACCAGUUACACUAAGGAUCCUGCUGAUGACUCCAGUAUAUUGUCUAAGAAGGUUAGGACUUUACUUAAGCUUGCAGUACACAAAUUUGGAGUAACACUUUACUGUUCUGUGUAAAGUUUGUGGUCGCUUUCUACUGAUAGCCACAGAAUAGGAAGCGUAAAAAGUAUAUCCCCAUCAAAUGAUUGCCAAGAGAAGUCUUUAAUGAGUUUGGGUUUUCUAGUUUUUUAAAUCAACAAGUCUUAUGUUAAUUUCUCUCAUUACUUAGAAAACUUCUGAAACACUGAAGGAUGAGGGGAUAAAUCCUCUUUGUUUUGAACGUGGUGGUACUAUUCUCCAAUUCCUGCAUUCUUUAGUGGUUCUAGUGAAUUGCCUCCAUAUUUUCAAAAUAACUGAAUUUACUUAACAACAUACAUUUUGUUGUGCGUUGAACUCCCUGAAGUUAAGCAAGUUAAAAUUGACUCAGAAUAUUGAACUGUGGACUGACAAGUUUCAGUAGAGAUUCUUAACUAUGGAUCAAUUGUUCAAACUGGAGUCCUUACAAUUUUGCUUAUGGCAGGGGAUUCAGUAAAGGUGGCACAUGGGGAAAUGCAUGACCUGCUGAUGAACGACUGUAUAGAAUAAAUUAUGUCUUGAAGAAAAAAAAAUUAAGCUUGCAAUGAUGGAUGCACAGCAUGCAUCAGUAUCGGAAUGGUUCUCUAGAUUCUGUAUGUAAACCUCUUGAAACAGGGUUUGAAACGUGCUUGAGAGAAUGGGUCCUGCUCGUGUCAUCACCAGUACACUUCCUGGCACAACUGCAGCAGUAUGUGGUGGUAGGGUGAAACUUUGGAUUUUAGAGCAACAUCUUAAACGAGUUGGUACUGCCCAGGUUUUUGAAAGAAAACUUUAGCUCCUGCAAUCUUUUAAUUUAGUUCGUUUGAGCAUCUGUCAAAGCACAACACCCUUGCUGAAGCUGGCAAACUAGACAUGUAAUAUAUUAAGAGUUACUGCACUAGGUGCCCUUUUUUGUGGAGGCUGAGACAGGGGAAAACCUUACUAAUGACUCAUUAUAAUUUCACUUCUUAAAACAAA